AGUGGAGAGCGUGAGGGUGACGUGGUGAAGAGGCAGCGUGGCCAACCAAGGCCAGGGUCGGUCAGUAGUGAGGCACAAUCACCAGUGUCGGGCGUGCCUCGCCCCGCCUGAGUUCUGUCGACACUCUUGUUCCCGUCAUGGCCAGCGUGGUGGUGUUCAGUUUGUUCGUGGCUCUCCUGGGCUUCAGUGUGGCCCAGCCCCCGUUUUACGUGGACGCGCCGCAGAAUAGCUGUUGCUUUGGACGCGGCAGAUAUUUCGCCAAUGGUCAGACUGUUUUAAGCCUGCCUAAAUGUUGUGCUUCGUUAGAGUGUCGCGCAGGUGACAUCGUGCCCCGCUACUUCGGCCCACCUGAUUCUAAAGAUUGUUGUGUGUUCGACGGGCAGAUGUAUCCCAGCGGGUCACAGCUUACGUCUUACUGCGUGCCUCUUGUGUGUGUCAGAGGGAACUGGACUUACUCCAGCAAGAUCGAAGAGUGCUGUAAGAUGUGCAAAAUUUACAACGACCCGCACUUCACAACGUACGAUGGUUAUCUGUAUCACUGGCAUGGGCUUUGUAACUACACCAUCACCCAGACGGGCCGCUCCCACCACCCGCAGAUUGGAGUGUUCAGUGACUUCCAGCCGUGUUUCAGCGGCGCCUCCUGUCUGCAUAUCACGACCUUCAGGAACGACGACAACACUCUCCUGUCGCUGACACACUCCAUUCUGCCCGCCUCCAUGACCACAGUCCACGUGCUGGGCGAUACCGCGUCGUCCAUUUUUUUGGUGCCUCCUGUCGGCGUCCAUCAUGUCCAGUCCGUGUCCGGCGACCAUCCGGUGCUCGCCUGGCGGGACGGGGAUUGCAUAAUGCUGAUGGGCUCCUCUAGGAUCACGGUGCGCUAUUGUCACGGUCACCUCACGGUGUGGGCUUACCCAACCCACGCCAACCAUCUGGAUGGCCUGUGUGGUCACUUUAACUUCUACCUCAAUGACGACAUGACGAACCGAGACGGCACGGUGCAUACCCCCAACCCGUGGCCCGUGGCCUUCCCAGAGUCUUGGAAGACCAUCAAGCAGACGGACAGGGUGUGUUUGACUCCAUGCUACAAUUGCAAGGAGACAACGGAGGACCCGUGUCGUGCCACGCCCCAGGCCAUGGGGCGUCUCAGACACCGGUGUGCUAAAGAACUCAACGUUAUUAUCGGUCGAGACGAGAAACUUGUGCCCCACGUGGAUACGUGUGCCUGGGAUGUGUGCAUGGCCGCGCAGGCACAGCAGUCCCUCGCUGAGCAGCAGCGAUGGAUUGAUGACGCCAAGACAAUCGUUCGGGAUGUCAAGAUGAUGGGAAACAGGGCCUCUGGAACCUGGGAGCCACGGUCCCCACCAUCAAGCGGCGCCUGUUCGCCAGGUAGCCGUUGGAAGCGGGAGUGCUACUGGUGUACUUGCGGCACUGACGCCUCUGCAGACUGUGAGACGAAGCUGUGUCCGGAUGAUUAUGAACACGAGACGGGCACAGACGCGUGCACAGACGGCUCCUGGUGGAAAAAUGAUCAGUGCAAUUGGUGCGAGUGUGCGCAAGGUGGACACGUCUGCAGUAACAAAGAUUGCACCGGCAUUAAGACGCAGCCCACAGUCUCCAAGCCGCCAACAGAGGAGGUGUGUCUGUUUUCUCCAGACACCGGAUCUUGUGAGCAGUUCAUGUACAGGUAUUACUACAGUUACAAGGAAGGCAGAUGCCUCAUCUUCGGGUACAGCGGCUGCGAGGGCAACGCCAAUAACUUCCACACUGUGGAAGAAUGUGAGAGGACUUGCGGCCAUCUGACACCUCCACCUUCCGUCUUUACCACUUCUUCCACCCGCGCCCCUGACGACCUGCGUCCUGCAUACUGCAACCUACAGCCUGAAAAAGGCCCAUGCGAGGCAAUAAAACUGCGGUACUUUUACAACUCCACAACAAAGGCUUGUGAACCUUUCACCUACGGCGGCUGUGAUGGGAACGGCAACAACUUCAUCUACAAGAAGGAUUGCGAGGAAGCCUGUCUAGUCCCCAUAACAGUAGCCACUAUCGAGCCGGUGACGCAGCCUGCCCAAUGCUCCCUGUCGCUCAGCGUGGGUGAUUGUACUAACAGAAUGACUCGCUAUUACUACAUCCCGGCCAUUCGUUCCUGCGUCCCAUUCACUUACACAGGAUGCGGAGGCAAUGAAAACAACUUUCUUACCAAGGAGUACUGCGAGGCCGUCUGCUUAGGUAUCACCGCUGCACCCUCCACGCAUCCCACCCAGUACACCACCACGACGCCCUCCCCCAUCCCAGGGACCUCACAAACUGGCCUGCCUGCCCACUGCUUCUUGCCGCCAGACGCGGGCCACUGCCAAAACACUACCAUACGCUACUACUACGACCCGCUGACUCGGAUGUGCAGGUCUUUCAGCUACAACGGCUGCGGCGGGAACCUUAACAACUUCCUGAACGAGGAAUGGUGUUCGGCAUCAUGUCAAGGUUCUGUACCUGCGACAAAAGUCACGACAGAAGUGACAACAAAAGUCACAACAGACGCGGCCAAGCCUCCUGCGUUGUGUUACCAAGACUUCGAGAUCGGGACGUGCUUCGAAACCCUGUGGCGGUGGUACUACGACCAAACCAGAAGGUCGUGUCAACCGUUCAUGUACGGCGGAUGUUACGGCAACGACAACAACUUUGAGUCGAAGGAGGAAUGCGAGGCGGUCUGUGGGGGACAGACAGAAUCCACCUGAGAGCACCACCACCAUUAACUUGGUGUUACCUUCCUGUGGGAGUGGAAGGUGCUCUGAUUCACCACUGGUAAACACGCUCCUGUGAAGAGUUUGACAACUGCGGCUCUGGCAACAAUGGCAAGAUUCUCGGUGGGAAGUUAGUCUCUCCAGACUUGCCUUUGUUCACGCUGAGUUGGGGUAAAUCUGUCAAGGAUUUGUAGACUGCUGCUUUAAUAAAGCUUUGAUGCACUA